CGUAGUGUGUUAGAGAGAAGCUGAGAGCGAUGGUAGCGCCACAGAGUGCAAUGUCGUAGCCAUUGGGCGUGAUCAAGUCACCCAUCUACAUUAUAAGCAGGGAAUGGGGUGGGUAUCCUUCAUCUUCUCCAGUUUGGCUUUGGCUAUGUGGCUUCGAGUCGGGAGGUUCUCGAACUUGAAUUAGAGUGGCAAGUCUAAGAGAUGUGCGUGGGUGAGUGCCAUGAGGAAAGCCAGAGAACGAAAGACGAAGGCCGAGAGCAAAAUCGGGCGCACCGUCAUCCCCGCCUUCCGCCACAAACAAACUCUUUUUGACAUCGCGAGCGGUCAAAAGGUGGGGGUUACCACGAACCCGGAGACCGAUGUCGAUCUCGCCAACGGAGCACGCGGCGUCAUAUCAGGUAUUGUUCUGAAUCUAGCAGAGCCACCUCUAGGAAACGGGGACGUGGUGGAGUUGAAGUACAUACCGGCAUACAUCCUCGUGAAACUGGACCGCACACAGGCGAAUCAAUUAGCUGGCCUGGAGGAUCAAGUAAUUCCGAUCUUGCCUCUCACUCACGAACCUUCGAGACUCGCUAUGGAGACUGAACCUUCUUCUCUAAGGUCACUAGAAGAACUCUGUAGGACAACCGAUUCCCUCAAAGGGGCUGAGUCCCAACGCCUCCGCCUACACUUCACCAGCAUCUGCAUGGAACCCUUCCGCGACCUCGACGACUACGGCCUACUCCUUUUCUCCGCCGACCUACCUUCCAUUAAAGCCGACUUCCUCUCCCGCACACGCCGCCUCUCCGGCUCUACCGCCGCUGCUGCCGCUGAACUCUUCAGUCUGCACUACGGACCGACGAAAACGCCGAUAUUCAACGUCAAGUUGCUGCUAACGUGCAUCAUCCGCCCGCAGCUCAAAAAGGAGUGUCGUGAGGUGGCGAAGUAUUUGGCGCACGAAGCCCGAGUUCCGGUCGACGGGCGGGAUCUGAGCGGUUCGACUGCGUUCAUGCAUUCCAUCUCGACAACGCCCGCGUUCGAGCCAGAGUUUGCGCGAAUACUUCUGGAGGCUGGUGCUGAUCCGGUUGCAAGGGACAGGUAUGGAGGGACGUGCGCGUUGGAGAUGGCGAAGGUAUAUGAGUUGAGUGGCGAGAGUCUGAAGAUGAAAGAGAGGGCGCUGAAGUUUUGGUUGGAUAAUGGAGGGGAUGUAGACUUGAAGGAUAACGAUGGAAUGGAUCCAAGGCGGAUGAUUGAGACGGCGCGGAGAAGGGCAUUACAAAGUGGGUUGGGAAGUUGGAAGAUGGCGGAGAUUGUGGCAGAGUGGGAUCGGACGAGGGGAGAGAGGAAGGGGAAAGCAGCGGCUCGCGCUUAUGCGAAAAUGUCGACGGCGGAUUUGGUUGGCGGGCCUGAGCUGCUCUAUGAUGGGAAGUCCUGCAUGUCGUGUGGAAAGGGGAGAGACGGAGAGCCAGUGGACUUGCAGUGUUGUUCGAGGUGUAAGACGGUGAAGUAUUGCGGGAAGGACUGUCAGAGGUUGCACUGGAAAUUCCACAAGAUCACUUGUGGAACUUAG